AUGAAGAGACUUGUCUGUGGCCGAAAGUACAUUGGUCAUGUUGUAGUAGGUCAAAGUUGAUCGUGAGACAAAUGCAAAGGUGGUUAUGAGGGGUUAGGGUGCUAUUACAACUCAGUAAGCAACAAUCGUUUAGAAUCAACGUCGAUUUUGCAUUAGCGAGGACUUGUGGUACAGUACCCACCAUCACUGUAUCCACUUUAACUAUCAAGACUUAAGCUACUAAAAGACUAUAUAUUGCGCUUAGACUGUGCUCCUCCAUCUCUGUGUUUAUAAAUUAUACAUUUAACAAUUAUUUUAGCCUCAUAUAACCACAGCUGGUGUUCAUCUGGUAUGCCACUAUAUGUACAAUAUUGCUGUAAGCAGCCUUUAAAAAAGUUUCGGUUUUUGUUGGUCCCAUAGGUUCUAAUGCUUCCUCUACAUCUUUAAACGAGUUUGCUUCCUCUGUUUAAUUAAAAUACGGCCUGAUUACUGUUUUAAUAUUCAUUUAAGUAAUCAUGGUAACCGUUACCUCAUUUGAUGAUUUUAGAAACUUUAAUGCGAAUUCUGAGUUAAUUAUUGGCCUGAACAGAUCAAGAAAAAUGUUUUUUAUUCUUUUAGUAUCAAUUACAUCACACUUCUGAUGAAACUGUACGAUUUCUUCUUAAACAUGUUUCAUCGUAUACCUUCCUCUGCAAGCUGCGCGUUCUUUAUUUUUUCCCCACCACGAAAGAGACCUUUGAAACCGCCGUGUUUUUUUUUAUGUGUUGUUUGUAAUGGAUCAUGUAAGGUGAAAGAUGAAUGAAGAUCGCUGAAAAAGGUAUGUUUUUUGUGUUUUCUGAUUUAGGGCAGCUCGGCAAAAAUUUUUACGACGGUUGAUCCAAGAUUUUUUGUGUUUUGGGCGAAUGAAGGUAAUUUUUGACAUUCCGAAGCAUGAAAAUGGAUGUAGCUUUUCAAAGAACCAUCCAGGAGUGAUGUUGAUCGAGUUUUUGCCAAGUUAGAGUCAAUCCCUUCAGCAAACUACCUAGUAUAAUAUAAUUUUUUUCAGGAUUUUGAAUUGGAAUGGAGCCAGAUGGCUAAAUUUCACCGCAAGGACUCGCUGAAGCCAGAAGAAGAGACGAUACCAUUCAAAUUCCAUGUGGAAUGGCUUUUUCCGAAGCUGAUGUCAACAUCGAAAAGGUGAGUUUUUCUUGGUUUUCAUGUUUUAGGUCGGGAAAUCCAUUGCUCCUUGAGCAAGGCAAUGGGUACAGCCUCCCAAUCAUGCUAUCUAGAAUUCGGUUGCUUGAUCUUGCGCCACAUCGGACCCCAUGUUUCUCGUGUAAUAUAAUUUUUACAGGAAACCCGGCCCAUUCGUCUCCCAUGCCCGCCAGCCUCAUCUAAAGAGCUCAGUAAAGACAGGUUCAGCAAUAUCCAGGUCAACGGUAUAA